UGCUUUCUUCCACCGAGACUCAAACUAUGAUUUCCAUUGAGCCGUCAUGACGAGGCUGCAUGGGGUUGUCAGCGGCCUUUCUGAUUCUGGACAUAGGUCGAUCGGAGACGACAGAGCUGCUCUCCGCUUCUCGAAGCUUCCUCCCGGGACGCCAGAAGUCAUUCUCAAGAACACGGUCAUCGUCAACGACCCCGCGAGAAUAUUAUCCCGGAAUAAGGAUGAGCGCCAGCGAAAUUUCAAUCUUCUCGUGAGGAGAUACAAGACACAGCUUCUUCACGGGUGCAAGGAACCAAACUGUACAACUCCUACCUGUCUGAGCUAUAGAAGAAGAAGAGCCGCAGACAGGCCGUUCCGGAAUUUCAAUGAUCUGAGUGCUCGAACGCUUGCGUGCUAUCUAGCUAGCCAAGAUGAUCCGGAAGGGGGACUCUGUGGGAAUGCGCCUGCAAGAAGCCUCGAAUCCUUCGCACAGGAAGACACAACAUCGGCAACAGAGCGCUGGCCGCCACUUGCCUGGGAAGCUCGGACUCAUUCGCCUCAUCCUCGCAGACCACAGCCCGUGAAGGUCGUGGAAUCUAUUUCCUCUCAACUGAAGGAGCCUGACAGCCAAGAUCCAAUACCAGACAAGCCCAAGGUUUCGAAUCCACCCGAGCACAUCAAGAGUCCCAUCCCGCAGGACCGCCCAGGUGUCAUACCACAACCCAAGACCCCGAAAGAUCCCAGGUCUAUCACCCAGAAUCUGUUCGACACACUCGCGCUUCGCAUGAUAGAGUGGCUACCAUUAAAAAGGGCUUCCAACACCCUUGAUUCCGAUUCCCUGGCGGGUGAAGGCGAUGGCUCUGGCCAUAAACCGGUCCACGCUGAUCCAUCUGCCUCCCCGGUAAGAAGGCAAACGUCAACUAAGGCCCAGAAACCACCCAUAACAAGGGAACGGAUACAGGCUGAGAACCCCAGCGUUUUGUCCUCACAACCGCCUAUACCUCCAACGCUUGAAGUUAAAGUUCCAGGGCAACCGGUACACCGCCUCUCGUUUGGCGAACUUGACCGUUGGAAACAUUCCCUGAGAUCUCUGCCGGAUGACAUCGCGAAGACCGAGCGGAAAUCUACUCCGAAGCUUGCAACGACCAAUACACCAACAGCCACUUCGCGAUCCUUCCCAUCACCACCGCCUCGGAAGCAUCGUUCUCAGAAGUACAAACAGACCGAAUAUCAGACUGAUAGCCAACGGGACACGAAAACAAGAUACCGACAGCCGGCUCCCGAUAAAGCUGAAAUUUUACCGGAUCCCCUCCAAUCGGGUUCAGCUGACCCGCGUUCGCCACCAGAGCUGCUUUCACCCGCCUCUCCAUCUCUGAAUGUAGACGCGCAUCGUCAAGCCCAAUUGGGCUCGGACAUGGAACCACAGAUCGAAAGCCUUUCAAUGCUAUCAAAAGAUAUAGUUGAUAGCUUGGGGAAACUGAUGUUCGAGACCAAAGAGGAAGAGGGAAACUGGAAAGACGAAAUGAUGCAUCUGGAAUCGCGCGGGUGCAUUGAACCUAGGAAUUUGCAUUUUGCUACACCCCGUCAACGGCAGAUUUUCCCCUUUAUCACCCAAAGUUUGUUUUUCGUUCUUAGCAGCCCAGAACUACUACGGCGUUCUUUCAGAAUUACCCCUGAGACGUCUCGGAGCGACAACAGUACCAGUGCAGAUUUAGAUAUAGACACACAGAAUCUAGAGGGCGUUUUCCGAAAGCUCUACAGCAUUUGUCCCUGGGAGGCCACAUUGCAUAGCUUAUGGAUGUGCCUGGAGGGACUUUUUGUUCCUCCAAAAGAAUUUUCAACAUCUAAAACCCAUCGCCGAUUUAUUUGGCGCUCUACUGCAAAUAAUAUUUCCCUGCGGAGUGGCGAGACUUCCCGCGAUAGCCCAUCUGCAUCUCAAAGCCAUAUCUCGGACUGUGAUGCCGCGCACAUAGCUAUUGUUACUCUUUUUGCGUUGGCAAGCUCCAUCCCUCCUUUGGACGCCCAAGCAUGGCAAGUAAUCCGUCGAGUACGCUCUACUGGAACAGUUCUACCUGACUUUGAGAUGCGAAAGGUUUCGGAAGCGACUGCCGGCCUCCUGGCCGAGGCCACGGAUAAAUUUGAGCAUGACCUAGCUCUACGGCUGAUGAAUCGCCUGGUUCGUGCAAUAUCUGCUCGCCUUGCAUUUCAUGAGAUUUCCAAACUCAAAGGCCCCCCGAUUCAAAAUGUAGGAAGCCUUGGGAAUUGGAACCCGGUAGAUCUCAUCAUAACAUCCCUACAGCCAUGUAUUUCUGCCAAGCAUGGAUAUUUAGAUUCAUCAUGUGGUGUAUACGAGGCUGAACGUCAAACAACUAUUCCGAUGGUUGCAGUUGAAUGGCUCAAGGGCCUUCUGCUAAAAGAAUGGGACGGGAAGCCCGAAAUACUGAAAUCCGGCGCUGCUGGCGGCGCUUUGGUGCUAUUGGCAUCGAUGUAUCACCAUAGAGCCCAGCUUGGUUUGGUGCCAGAGGAUUUUUAUACCGCUUACCUUGGGGACAACCUGGAUCCCUUGCGGAUGCCAAUUGAGUGGAUGAGUUUUGUCCCCAACAACCGCACAAUGCACAUUCUGUCGCAUCAAUUUAUGUUUGAGCCCUCGGCUUUGGUCACGUAUUUUCGCGCUCUCAAUUUUUCGGCGAUGGCCAAAUAUCACGAAACUGCAGUUGGUCACUCCCGACAUGUAGCUCAAACCGCAUUUAGCCAUGCCCGGGCAAUAGAUGAUGACAUCGGCCUAUUUGCGGGACUUAAGCGCUCAGUGACGUCUUUUCUCGUUCUAAUCGUUCGGCGAGAUAACGUACUGACGGACACUCUCAAUCAGCUCUGGAGGCGCGAAAAGCAGGAGCUCAUGCGGCCACUCAGAGUUCAAAUGGGAAUGGAUGAGGGAGAAGAAGGUGCUGAUCAAGGGGGUGUUCAACAAGAACUCUUUCGCGUGGUCAUGGCCGAAAUCCUCGACCCUGCGUAUGGAAUGUUUACCUUGAGUGAUCGAGACCACACGUCUUGGUUCCAACCAUGCUCUUUCGAGCCGCUCUAUAAGUUUGAGUUGGCUGGUUUAUUGAUGUCUCUUGCCAUUUACAAUGGUAUUACCUUGCCCGUGAACUUUCCCGUCGCAUUCUACAUGAAGUUGCUUGAUUUCGAAGUCAAGAAGCUUGAUGAUAUAAGGAGUGGCUGGGAAGAUUUGGCAAGAGGACUCAGCGAGCUUCUUUCGUGGAGCGAUGGUGAUGUCGGCGAUAUUUUCUUAAGGACGUACGAAUUUAGUUUUGAUGCUUUUGGAAAGGUUGUGACUGUGGAUAUGACUACUGUCGAUCGAAGUGACGCAUGGCCCCCUGCAGAACGAAACGUGACUUGGCGCAAAGAAAGGCUUAGAUCGUUUGCCUCGUCCUCAGACAACGAUGAUGCCGACAACCUUGAUUCGCUGGACAACGGCGAAUCUAUGUUGCAAGAUACACCUAGCGAUAGUCGUUCGAACCGCAGGGAUGGACGUCUAUCGGGAAUUUUGAAAGGAUCUUCGUCCAAAUUACGCGAACGACGCGUCCCCUCUCCUCCCGAACACGAAGCACCACUUGUCACUAAUGCCAACCGAGAACAGUUCGUCAACGAUUACAUAUUUUGGCUGACUGAUAAGUCGAUUCGGCCUCAAUAUGAGGCGUUUGCUCGCGGGUUCUACACAUGCCUGGACCGAACGGCCCUCUCUAUUUUCACGCCUCAAGCGUUGAAGUCUGUGGUCGAAGGAAUCCAAGAGAUCGACAUGGAUGAGCUUGAGAAGCACACCCGAUACGAGGGCUACAACCCCGAGGAUCGAGUAAUCAGAGAUUUUUGGGACGUUGUCAAGACGUAUCCCCAGGAGAAAAGAAGUCGACUGCUGGAGUUUGUCACGGCCAGUGACCGGGUGCCCGUUAAGGGGGUUUCUAGUCUCUUAUUCAUCAUAAUGAAGAACGGCGUCGGUGACGAGCGACUCCCGACAAGUGGUACGUGUUUUGGCAGACUUCUACUCCCUGAGUAUUCUUCACGCCAGGCAUUAGAAGAAAACUUCGACAGAGCUCUGGAAUAUUGCAAGGGGUUUGGCGCCAUUUGAUCAGGUUUGGGUGUUAAUUGGUGGGCCCGAGAGCUCUGCGGUCCUUUUGCUUUACCUUGAUUCCCCGUGCUCUUUAUUUAUUUGUUUAUUUUUUCUAAAGCAGUUUCAUUGACAAGCACGAGCAUCAUGCAAAUAGCUAUAGAGGUGUGAGGGGUUAUGGAGCAUUGUGGUAUAUAUUACAGAGCACUCGAGUAGAUUGAAUCAACUGAUGUUCGCCUCUCA